UCUAUUGCCAUCCUUAAUUUUGUCAAAACGGAUAACAUUUUGAAUCUUUUCAACAAAUUGAAGUACCCUUAUCACUAGAACUUCAAAAGCAAACAUACCCAGAAAGCAAAAAAGAAAAACUUGAGAAAAAUAUAAAAUUAUACCUCAACCAUCUCAACAUUUCCAGCGGUUUCAAACAAACCAGCAAGCUGAGCACUGUCAACAUUAAAGGGAAGAUUACCGACAAACAAUUUAUGUUCUUCAGAGAGUCUACGGCCACCGCCACCGUGGCUAGAAACAUCCUCCUCUUGUCCGAAUUCAGAGGAAACAGCUACGUGUCGGACAAAAAGACUUUGGCGUUGUUGUUGUACAAAAAGAUUUUGGUGUGAAAAGAAAGAACACAAUAGAAAUAAAAAGAAGAUGGAAGAAGGAAAAGGCGGUAAAAUGAAGGAGAAUGGAUCAAUUUGUUCAGGAGAUUCGAAUCCAUGCCCUAUAUGCCUGGGUCCUUUUCUUCAAGAAUCUUAUCUAGAUACUUGUUUCCAUAAGUUUUGUUAUAAAUGCAUUUUGCACUGGGCUAAAGUAGUUUCCGGCAGACCUUCUUCUGUAAAGUGUCCUUUAUGUAAGACACAAAAUCUUUCAAUAAUCUAUGGGUACGAUGGAUGUUCAUUCGAAAGGCGUUUUAUGACUCAGAAUUGUGAAAAUAGUUCUUUCUUCUCAAAAGAUCACAAGUAUAGGUUACAAUGUUAUUAUACUGAACCAGGUAUUUUAUGCAGUAUAGCUAAUGUAUCACAGUACUGGAAGACCCGUAAAUAUCUUCAGCCCAAUCGCUGGCUGCUACGAUGGUUGAGAAGGGAAAUUCAGGCUCUUUUGCAGGAAGAGGAUGUUGAGAUUAUAGUUCAUCAUAUUCUUGGUGUCAUUGAUUCAUUCCAGCAGAGGAAUGAACAAAUUCAUCAAAUGAAGAUGCCUGAAGCAAAACAAGAAAAGUUCAAGAGUCUCGUCGCUGAUGCAGCAAGGCCUUUUCUAGCAGCAAAAACAGACCGAUUCAUAAACGAGUUGGAACUCUUUCUUGCUUCAGGUUUCAACAUUGAUGCCUAUGAUGAAGUUUACAUGCAGCAGUUAGGUUGGAACACUCCUAGAGCCGCCGGGGAAGCUGCCAGUGCAGAACCCAGUGAACCAACACCUGUAAUCCCAUAUUUGUAUAUUUUCGACGAUGACUCUGAUAAAACUGAUUGAGACUGCAAUAGAACCUAAUCUAUUAAUAUACACCUGUAACUCCUCUUUUUUUAAUAUAAAUAAUCUUUAAUGA